CAUCUAUAAAGCUUAGCAAUGAAAAAUACGGAGAGUCUCAAGGAGGAGGAGUUCUUGGCUAGCACCAAAGAACAAGCAGCCCUUGACCCAACCAUGUUCCCUGCAAUGGAAACCUUCGAAAUCAAUGAUUCUAAGCCCAGGAAGAGGAAAGGGGUGAACUGUUUCCUGGCUUUGAUAGUCGUCUACCUGAUUCUGCUCACCGCGGGGGCCGGGUUGCUGGUGAUGCAAGUUCUGAAUCUGCAGGAGCGUUUCCAGGCCCUGGAAAUGUAUUUCCCCAAUGGAACGCUGGAUCCCAAGGACAACCCAUCCUUCUCGCUCCAGUCGGCCCCAAUCCCCCGCUCUGGGUGGGACAGCGGAACACUGCAAGUCCUGCAGGUCCAGCUCACUGAGGUCCACGCCAGCCAGAAGCACCUGCUGCGGUGGGUGGAGAACUUCACCCGGAGUCCAGAGCUGUUCGGUGUCAAAGGUGAACCAGGCUCUCCAGGUUCCCAGGGACCCCAGGGCCCACCCGGAAUCAAGGGGGAGGCAGGAAGGAAGGGCGACGUGGGUGCAAAAGGAGAUGUGGGGGUCCUUGGGCCCCCUGGGGCCCCAGGGAGUAAAGGGGACUCUGGGAAGCAAGGCCCUCCAGGUUUGGCUGGAAUCCCUGGAAUCAAAGGCGAUCAGGGACAACCAGGAGCACCGGGUUCUCCAGGCUCUCCAGGUGUGUCGGGAUCCCCAGGCAUCAAGGGUGACCCCGGCAGCCCGGGCUCCACUGGGCCCACAGGACCACCAGGGAUCCCCGGGAGUCCAGGAGCCUCAGGUCCGAAAGGAAGCAAGGGAGAUACAGGACUUCAAGGACAGAAAGGAACAAAAGGAGAAUCAGGAGUUCCAGGCCUGGUUGGCUGGAAAGGAGAAAAGGGAAGCCCGGGGCAGGAGGGGUCCAAGGGUGCCACUGGACCCGUUGGCCGAACAGGAGAGAAAGGAGUCAAAGGAUCUCCUGGGCUACAAGGAACAAAGGGAGAAAAAGGUCAAAAAGGUGAACCCGCAGUAUCCAUACACGUCAGGAUCAUCGGUACUACAUCUCGAGGCCGGGCUGAAGUUAACCAUAACGGCAUCUGGGGGACCAUUUGUGAUGAUGACUGGGACAAUUCCGAUGCCACCGUCUUCUGCCGCAUGCUGGGUUAUUCCUCGGGAACGGCCCUUUCCGGUCUGGGAGGUGGCACGGGGAAGAUCUGGCUGGAUGACGUGGCAUGUAGAGGGUCAGAGAGCAGCCUGUGGCUCUGCAACAAGAGUAACUGGGGCUCACACAACUGCGACCACAGUGAGGACGCGGGUGUGGAGUGCCGCUGACCUCCACACCCAUCCACUGCACGCUCCUUGCACACAGAUGUGACCACCCAUCCCUUGCAAGGGCAAACGCUCUCCAAAGGACUUCCCGGAGUGGCUGGGCAGCCUCUGGGGAGGGGUCAUUAAUAAAGCUCAGAGUGCUCCCUGACAAUGUCAUCAGCUGUGACCAA